UAAGGAGGUGGAAGCACUGACUAUUUUACUACUGUUUUAAAACUGUUUCGUAGCAUCUGUGAAAAUGAAUGAGUCAGAUCACCCACGCCACCAGUUAAACAAUUUUCAAGCUCUAGCUGCUAAUGGGUGUUUCCCAUACUCUCUGAGGAGAUAUUUCAUUUUUUCUUCUGUGUAGUUUAUGUUGUGAUUUCAAGAGUCAAAACAGUGUGAAGACUUUGGUAUAAGAAAAUCACAGGCAUAUUGUCUUUACUUACAUGGGAAAAAAAUGUUCUUUGUUGCUCUAGAUGUUAGGGCUGCAUCUCUAAUAUUUAUGGACUAAUAAGCAAGAGGAAAUUGUAUAAUCUUUGCUUUUCAGACGUUUCUAGUCUAGUAAAAGAAAUAGACCUGGAAGAUUAACUUGCACUAGUAUAUGUUUCUUGUAAGGACAUGAAUAUGGAAGUAUUCACAAAUUAUUCAAUGGAUUAUAUCUGUAACUCUUUCCAGGCUUCUAGGUUUUUAAAAUGUUUCUAAUUAAUGCACAAUUUUAUAGUGAAUAACUUAAUCUUGGAGUUAGAAGUCUCAUUAAAGAUCAUCUUAGUUCAGCAAUUCAUUUAUAGAAGAAGAAAGAGUCCCAGAAAGCUUAAGUAAUUUUCCAGGGUCACAAUCCUAGCCCAGACCCCUUGUGCUCUGACUCCCAGGCCUAGAGUCCCUGAUGCAAGCAGUCAGCAAAUGUAAACGCCUAAAUGCAGGAAAUGUCAAUGAAUGCAGCAGCCAUGAGUAAUAUACCAGAGAGAGGGGAGACUGGGGCAGACUGGAAGUUCAUAUCCUUUCUAAAGAGGACAGAGUUCAGUGAACCACCUGAAUGGCAUUUCUGCCCACGUGCAAAAUCUAAGCUAAUAAAGAGCUCAUUUGCUGGUUAAAUAUGUUCAUCAUUUACCUGUGCUGCUGCAGAAACUUCUAUACAAUUCCAGUAACCAGACCAUUGCAUUUGUAUUCUUUAUUUAUGUUGAUAUAGUGCUUUGGAAAGAUUAAUAAAUACGGCUUUUACAGGCUACUUGGGAUUUCUUGGAUCAAAGGUGCAAUAUAAGCAUCAUCAUAGAGUUCCCUGGAACAGAAAGUUGUUUACGUCUCUGAAGACAAGAAAAAAGUUUCCAUUGCUUAGUCUCUCUUAUCGAUUUCAAAUAACGAUCUCUGUAGGAGAGUUGAGAAUUAAAAUUUUGACACUUAUAGGAAAAUUUGUAAAUGCCAAAUAUAAGCCCUAAAUCUCUUUAGGAUUUUUUAUGGUGCUGUUUCUCAACUGGCAUUACCGUAGGCAGAAAUUCAAAAGGACUGAUACUAUAAUAUUAAAAAGUGAUUGAUUGAUGUAUUCAGAACUUUAAAGUGAAAUCUACCUUAUGGUACAAUUUUUCACUGACUCUCAAGAAAAUCCCAAAUAGACCAAGAGCCGGUGAAUUAUUUUCUUCCAGUUAGUGAAUUAAUUUUAGAUGCUGACUCUCAAGGAGGGAAAGUUUAAAUAAGGAAGUGGGUGGGAGAAAGUGAGUCAUACUUGGUAACAUUAUCUGAAACAUUAGAGAAACAGGACAUUGCUAAGUGAAUCUCUUUACAUCUCGAUAUCGCAGUAGAUUUUAGUGUCUCUGUGCUUGAACCAUGGUGAACAGAAGAGAAGGUUAGAACCAAGGAGCUCAAGACUCAAACAUCUCUCCUUUCACAGCUGGGAUGAUGCCACCAGCAAGUAUUUAUCUAACAGAAACUGAUGAGCAAAAACUUCACAAAAUAGCCAAUGAACUUUUGCUUACAGAAAGAGCUUACGUCAACCGACUUGACCUCUUAGAUCAGGUAUUUUAUUGCAAACUAUUGGAAGAAGCAAAUCGAGGCUCAUUUCCAGCAGAGAUGGUGAAUAAAAUCUUUUCUAAUAUUUCAUCAAUAAAUGCCUUCCAUAGUAAAUUCCUAUUGCCAGAGCUGGAGAAACGAAUGCAAGAAUGGGAAACUACCCCUAGAAUUGGUGACAUCCUUCAGAAAUUGGCGCCAUUCCUUAAGAUGUAUGGAGAAUAUGUGAAGGGAUUUGAUAACGCAAUGGAAUUGGUUAAAAACAUGACAGAGCGUAUUCCCCAGUUCAAAUCAGUAGUUGAAGAAAUUCAGAAACAGAAGAUCUGUGGGAACUUGACUUUGCAGCAUCACAUGCUGGAACCUGUUCAGCGGAUUCCCCGGUAUGAGAUGCUCCUUAAGGACUACCUAAGGAAACUGCCCCCUGAUUCUCCAGACUGGAAUGAUGCUAAAAAAUCACUUGAAAUUAUAUCUACAGCAGCAAGCCAUUCUAACAGUGCAAUAAGAAAAAUGGAGAACCUAAAGAAGCUCAUAGAGAUUUAUGAAAUGUUGGGAGAAGAAGAAGACAUUGUAAAUCCUUCAAAUGAACUAAUAAAAGAAGGACAGAUCCUCAAACUAGCUGCUCGGAACACAUCAGCACAAGAACGCUACCUUUUCUUAUUCAACAACAUGUUGCUGUACUGUGUGCCAAGAUUCAGCUUGGUGGGCUCUAAAUUCACAGUUCGAACGAGGGUUGGCAUCGAUGGAAUGAAAAUCGUAGAGACUCACAAUGAGGAAUAUCCACACACUUUCCAAGUAUCUGGGAAAGAGAGAACACUGGAACUGCAAGCCAGUUCUGAGCAAGACAAAGAAGAAUGGAUAAAGGCUCUGCAAGAGACUAUUGAUGCUUUCCAUCAGAGGUAUGAAACCUUCCGAAAUGCAAUUGCAAAGGAUAAUGACAUUCACUCAGAAGUUUCUACUGCUGAACUAGGGAAAAGAGCCCCACGAUGGAUCCGAGAUAACGAAGUAACAAUGUGUAUGAAAUGCAAAGAGCCUUUCAAUGCACUGACAAGAAGAAGGCAUCAUUGUCGAGCAUGUGGACAUGUGGUUUGUUGGAAGUGUUCUGAUUACAAAGCUCAACUUGAGUAUGAUGGUGGUAAAUUGAACAAGGUUUGUAAAGACUGUUAUCAAAUAAUAAGUGGAUUCACAGACAGUGAAGAAAAGAAAAGAAAAGGAAUUUUAGAGAUUGAAUCAGCAGAAGUAUCUGGAAACAGCGUGGUGUGCAGCUUUCUUCAGUAUAUGGAGAAGUCAAAACCUUGGCAGAAAGCUUGGUGUGUGAUCCCCAAACAAGACCCUCUUGUGCUGUACAUGUACGGUGCCCCCCAGGACGUCAGAGCCCAGGCCACCAUUCCACUCCUGGGCUAUGUUGUGGACGAUAUGCCGCGGAGUGCAGACCUGCCACACAGUUUCAAACUGACCCAGUCCAAGUCUGUGCACAGCUUUGCUGCAGACAGUGAGGAACUGAAACAGAAGUGGCUGAAAAUCAUCCUUUUAGCUGUCACAGGUGAGACACCAGAUGGUCCUAACGAGCAUCCAGCCACCUUGGACGAUCAUCCUGAUUCUAAGAGAAAAUCAGAAUGCUGAACUCCAGGACCAACCACGGGUGGCGAGGUCUCCAGAUUUACAGCUCAAGACAUUCCCAGCUCUCCUUAUUCCUCUCUUAGCACUUUAUGUUGAAAAAUAUAGGCUCAUAAAUGCAUCUUUUGGGGGACUAUUUUCAUAUGUUGAUGUGCUCUUAGUGAAAUUAAUGUGCACAGCCAUUCUACCGAUAAAAGUUUGAAAUAAUGUGAAAAAUGGAGCAUUUUUUAAUGAGAUAUUCCUUGAUUAUGUGCUUUUGUCUUGAAAAUGGUAUCAAUGGAUUCUAUCACUAUCAGGUUAGAAUAGGCCACUUUCGUUUGAGAAAUCCUUUACUGUCUUCUCUUUCACAUGUAGGACUUGUAACACUUUGAAAGAUAUACCUCUGUGUUGCCAAAACAGAUCCGUGGUUAAAAAAAAAUACAGGGACAGUUUAGACUAUUAUAUUAACUUAUUUAAUUUAGUUUAUAAAACUCCACCUGCAUAAAUAAUAUAUGUUCUUUUGAGACAAAAGAAGAAGGACAAAGUGUUGGUGUUCAAACUUUCAACUUAUUAAGAAAAGAUAAUACUUGUUUUUGUAGAAAUACUCCUAAGAAUAAAAUAUCUUAACUAUAUAGCAAUUAUGUAUAUAUAGUAUUAAAUAUAAAUAUAUAUAUAUACUAUACAUGCUUUUCUCUUCAGUUUUAGGUUCAUAUUUGUCUCUAAUUUAUUUUUUAACUAUAAAGCAUGUUUCAUCUUGGAAUUGAGCAGCGUUCUAAACUUCAGAAAUGUUUUUGGUGAUUUAUGUUUAACUGAUUGACAUCUAAGGGUAUUGAUAUUUUUAUAAUAAGAAAAAGCAGUAAUUUAUGUGGCAUGGGAUAUAUUAGUGAAUUCCAACAGUAUUUUUAAAGUACUAUUUUUUUGUUCUGUGCCUAUUUAAAACAGUGCCUCUCUUUGAAGGUGCUAACAAUACCUAUUUAAAUGUAAGAUGAGAGUUUAAUUAAUGCUUUGGUCUUGAUUAUUCUGGGAUAAAAGUGCAUCUUCGUCACUGGGAUGGUGAAAGUCGUACCGGUGAUUUUACCUUUUACAAUCCUCCAGUGGUCGCAGCAGUUAAUAUCAGUGUGUGCAAAAAUUUUCACCACAACCUGAACUGUACAAGAUACCUGACCUUACACAGAACUGGGACAUACGGAAACUACAGUUAGUGUAAUGUUUUUCUUUACCAUAAGACUGUUAAGGGUGGUUAAAUGAGAACUAUAUAUAAUUAACACUUAAGAUAACUGUGUGGGCCUAUUCCUUUGUCAGCUGUGAAACAAAAUUCACGUGACAACCUAUGUUUGAGGGGGGUGGAUAGAUAUUAAUGGGAGUUUACGCUGAACUCUUUAAACCACCUCACUAAAGGAGAGAGGAGGAGAACACAACAUUGAAAAGCAAUAUUUUAAUGGCAGGAUUUGAGGAGGUACAAGAUGAUUGAAGAGAGUCUGAGCAUUUUCUUCUCUUAUCCUCUGGUAAAUUUUAAUAGACAAAAUGUGAUGCCUUGUCAUGAAGGCUGCUCUUCAUUAUAUUGUAGUUAUGAUUAAAAUCUCGUGUUGUUGGUUAACUUAACUUAAUCCUUUUCUCAAAUUAGAUCUUUUUUUUUUUCCAUUUACCCUGCCCCAAACAUUACCCCUUUUUAAUGCAUCAGUUUGCUAGAAAUCCACAAGAAUGACCCCACUGUCCUCAGCCUUUGGGGAUUACACCUUAAACGUAGAAUGGAUUCACUCAGCAUUUGAGCUUGCCACACAUUUAUUUAGGCCUUGUUAAGAAAUAUUUGAAAUAAUCUCCUUUUUUCCCCACCCAAGAGGAGCAGAUAAACUAAUUAUGGCUGACAUGAUUAGGGUGCCUCCCUCCAUAAAAGGAAUACUGGCCAUGAUCAUUAACAUUAAACCAAAUACUCGGAACCAAAAAGAGAUAAAGGUAGCUUCUUAGGCCCUAUUAAGUCAGAGACAGACUAAAAAAAUUUUACAUGGCUUCUCUUUUCUAGCUGUGUGCGGGUGUGUGUUUGUACACAACAUGUGUGGUUAGGGGUGGUUACUGAGACGGUUAAAACCACACUAUAGAGGAUGCUUUGGCUUUCUUAAUCUAGAGAAGCAAUAAAAAUGUAGAAUGAUUAUCAGGGGAAGAUGACUUUUGUAAAUGUGGAUAGAAGGAUGGAAAUGUAAGGGCCAAUUAGAAGAUUUAUGGGCUAGAUUAUUUUUGAAAACUAUUUUAAAUAAGACAACGACUACACUUUCCCUACUAGUAAGUUCUCCUGGAAUGGAAGUAACGUGGACACACUCAAGUUUUGGCUCAAUAAUAAUCAAUGUUAUUUAAUUUAGAUUAUCAAAAGAAUACUCAUGUAAAGAGGGUAUUUAUUAUUACACUCUUAAUAUCAUCUUUAAUUUUUUCAAAAAAAUUAUUAGAAAUAUUAGUAUUAGAAGAGAAUUUUUGGCUAUCCAGUCACCAUCUUCUUUAGCCAAGCACAAAGAGAAGCAAUGAAGCAGCCUCACCUGGUUUUUUGUUUGUUUGUUUGUUUUUUGAGGAAGAUUGGCUCUGAGCUAACAUCUGUUGUCAAUCUUCCUCUUUUUCUUCUUUCUCCCCGAAGCCCCAGUACGUAGUUGUAUAUCCUAUUUGUAGGUCCUUCUAGUUCUUCUAUGUGGGAUGUGCCUCAGCGUGGCUUGAUGAGCAGUGAGUAGGUCCGUGCCCAGGAUCCGAACCACCAAACUCUGGGCCGCCAAAGCGGAAUGUGCGAACUUAACCGCUACACCACUGGGCCUGGCCGCCCUCUCACCUGUUUUUUUUAAUCACUAAUGCUUUUACUUGGAGGAAGGCAAAAGAAUACUCUUAGUCAGCCAUUUAGUAAGCAUGCAACUAAACCAAAAGACCUCAAAGUGUGACUGGUUACAAGAAUAAUCAAUGUCUUUUGCUUUCCGAGACACCUGAGCAGUCAUGACAAAUUGAACCUAAAAAAAUUGGUUGUUUUCCUAUUAAAACUAACAUUCCAUAUGGGUCUUAUUCUUUAUUUUCUCUAAUUUGGUGCUUUUCAAGUCAUCUUUCCUUUAAAGUGCCCUUCCUACAAACUUAAAAAAUUCUUCUUUGAUAAAAACUGCUAUUCAUUAUAAAACAUUCCAAUUUUUUAAAUUUACUUAAAUUUUGCUUUAUUGAAAGUCUACCAUUUGGUGUAUUAAGGAUGAAAUGUAGUGCAGACUUAUGUCCAGGUUUUAAGUGGGGCUUAAUAAUGAAAAAUGCCACCAGCCACUUUUGUAACAAUGGCAUCUAUAAUGCCAUCAUGUAUGCAAGCAAUAAAACUCUUCAGGGUGUGUUUUUAUACUGAAAUUUUAAUAUGAACGCCCCUAGUCACAAGGAUAUAGAGAAUUAACUUCUAGAAGUGAUACUGUAAUUCAAAUUGCUCUGUAUAGGGAAUCAGAAGUGUGUGGGGGAAGGGGGCAUUAUUCCUUGGAUUCAAAUGAUUAUCAAAAGCAUUUUUACUUUUGUGAAAGGUACGGAUGGUGAAACAAUUUAAGCACAUAUGUACUACUUUAUCAAGCUACAUCUCAUUUUCCAUGAAGUUUAAUACAACAUUACAGGUUGGUGUACUUACCCUCACUGGGUGACCUACCCCAAUUUUUUAAAAAAAUACCCCAACUUAAAAAAAAUUACCAAAGUUUUUACAAGAACUAAUCUUUUAAAUGUAUCCUGUCCCCAUAUAUAGAUAUACAUUUGGAUUUUUAAGAAGAAUAUUUGUUGCAGUCAUAAGUAUAUAAAGAAAACUACAAACUUCAUAGUACUGUGGCAUUGUUAAGGAUUCUUUGAUGCCUUCUAAAAACCUUAUAUCAAAAAUACUUCUGUGAGUUACAAUUAUGUGUUACUUUUUCUUGUCUACUUUGAGGAAACAGGGUGUUUUUUCCCCUUCAAAUUUUAGAUCUCAUUUCUGGUUAUAUUCAAAGCCUUAAGUUCUUAUUCUGAGCAUAUUGUCUGUGAUAACUCUAAUAAUGAUCUUUCUGGGCUGGCUAUAUCCUGAGGAAAAGGCACCAACAAGAGCAAGUAAACUUCUAGGGAACAAAGGUCUUAUUUUUUUCAGGUAUCCUUGCUAUGAUGCAGAAUAGAAGAUUAAUUAAAAUUUCCUACAUCACAUGAUGUUCUUGUUAGCGGGUCUAAGAUUAAGCACAUGGUAUUUAUAAGCUAAAAUUAAUUCAAAAGGCAAAAAUGUCUUAAUGUUUUCAUUCUUAAAUUUUGUAUUCUUCAAGAAUGUAUUAAUAUAAAAACUGUGGCUAACCAGUUCUUAUUCUUAGGACUUUAUUGACGUCUGUAGUGGAUCGUGUUACUUCUUCAUUCUCAUCCAAUUUUAGUAGAAUCAAAUUGCUUUUUAUUUUCAUAUUACUAUCUACUAUAGAUUCUCCAGGGUUAGAAAAUAUAAGUAUGAUAUAUAAAGACCACUAGAUCUACUUUAAAAACCCUUUCUGUUAUUUUAUGCGAAUAUGUAUGUAUGUAAAAAAACAGUUGAUUUCCAAAUCUGUUUUUCCACAGGAAUGAAAUUUUUAUAGAAACUAUUCUUUUUAAUUUAAACAUUUUAACAUAAAUUAUUUACAUGGAUUUUUAGUAUAAUUCAUUCUUAUAUAUGCCCCGUAAUCAUGUCAUGAGAAGAUAACUUUGCUUUCUUUACUGAUAUGGUGGAGGGGAAUAAGAUUAGGAACUGAAACAAGCAAGAAGGAACAGAAAGAGGCUGCUGGUCUCCAGAUCAGAGCAAUGUCUGUUAAGAGGGAAAUAUUUAACUGCAGAAGGGAUAUAAACUAUAAACUAUAAAUAAAUCUCUGUCAUUGCAUACUCAUAGGAUGCAUUGCACUAGGCCUUUCACCUUGGCCUCUAAAUUAUACCGUUAGUAUCUUGUCAUUACUUUCUUUUUCCCUUAGGCUUUAAAAAAAUAAUAAUUUCAUUCUACUGGGCCAUUUUCUGCACUGCUUACUGACGUAAAAAAAAAUCUCUCCGAAGUCAAUCAUGGUCUUCUACUGUCUGGACUGAUCGUUUGGUAGAAUGCAGUGUCUUCUGUGUUUUGAGGUGAAAUAGCACAUGGGUUCUACAAGAUAGUUUUUAACUCGUUGGGGUCACUAAGAGUCACAUGAUGGUCACCCCCUCCUAAAAUUCAUUAUAGAUGGAAUUAGUGAGAUUAGGUAGAGUUAGUGAAAACUUAAAUCAAGAAAUCUCAUUGUAGCAUAUUUUAACAAGUGAAUACCAAAUACAUAGAGUAAUAUAUAUAGGUUUGGGAAGAAAUAUAAUAGUCUGUGGGGGCCAUUAUGAUAACAGAAUUGUAUUAUAUAUUACACAUUGUAUGGAUGUUGGAAUGUAUCACUUGGGGGGGGGCGUCUCCCUUCAUUAGCAAUCAUGUCUGUAUAUAAAACUUUGUUGUGUUUUUUUGUUUUUUGUUUUUACCAAACUAGAAUUUCAUUUUGUGAGUGAAAAUUGACUGAUAGUUUUGAAUAAGUGUUAUCUGGGUUUUUGAAUUGUUGACUGAUCAGUUUGAAAAGGUAUGUUAGAAUUUUAGAGUUAACUCAAAUGUGAAAAAGUGUACACAAAAAGUAAUUUUUCUUUUCUAGCUGUAUCAAUGUAAAAACUUGCAGAUAGUGUAUAUAUUGUGUAACAUAUGUAUAUUUGGUCAUAAAGGCAGAGAAUUAGAAACAUUGUAAAAUUAAGCACUUUAAUUCCUAUUAAAUAUUAAACAUUUGUAUCUUGUAAAUAAAUAGAUCCUUAAAUGAA